GGUGGGUUGCCGUUUGGCAUAGACAACCUGCUAAAAUCAAACCAAAAACCCUAAAUUUUCAACACCAACAAAAACGACCUUCAUACUCUACACUGAAAAAGGUAACUAACGUGCAACAAUGGCAGUCACCAAUUACUCCUACGAAACCCUAAGCCCUCUCCUUCCUUCUUCCGACACUAUUCUCAGCGAAGAAUCCGACGCUUACGCAGUUUUCCGCAAUGAAAUUUCUCUCUCCUCAUUAGACCCCACCUCUGGUGUAUCCGCAACAGUUGAUUAUUUCUCCCUUAACGUCGAUGAUUCUGCAGAUGAAGUAAUUCAUCAUCAAACACCUUCUCCUGUUGUUGCGGUUGCGGAGGAGAGAGAAAAUGAGCCUGAACGGACGCUUGAGACCGGCUGGUUUCGGGCCGAUUGCAGGUUUAAGAGCCCUAUGCUUCAGCUUCAUAAAGAGAUCCUGGACUUCUGUGAUUUUCUCUCCCCAACUCUUGAAGAAGCAGCAGCACGUAACGCAGCUAUUGAACGUGUAUCUGAUGUUAUCAGAUAUAUAUGGCCUUAUUGCAAGGUAGAGGUUUUCGGGUCAUACAGAACGGGUCUUUAUCUGCCAUCAAGUGACAUAGAUGUUGUGAUUCUUGAAUCAAAUAUUAAAACUCCACAAAUUGGCUUACAGGCUCUGGCCAGGGCAUUAUCACAAAAGGGUAUUGCGAAAAAGAUGCAGGUGAUCGGGAAAGCUAGGGUGCCAAUUAUUAAAUUUGUGGAGAAGGUGACUGAUGUCCAAUUUGACAUUAGUUUUGAUGUCGAUAAUGGUCCUAAAGCUGCUGCAUAUAUCAAGGAUGCUAUAUCAAAGCUACCUCCAUUAAGGCCUCUGUGUUUGAUUCUUAAGGUCUUUUUGCAGCAGAGAGAGUUAAAUGAGGUAUACUCUGGAGGCGUUGGUUCUUAUGCACUUCUUGCCAUGCUGAUUGCUAUGUUACGAAGCGUAAACGACUGCCAAAGAUCUCCAGAACAUAACUUGGGAAUACUAUUGGUUAAAUUUUUUGAGUUCUAUGCUCAUAGAUUAAACACUUGGGAUGUUGGUGUAUCCUGCAAUGGAAGCGGAACCUUUUAUUUAAAGACUCGCAAGGGGUUUCAAGCUAAAGGACGUCCAUUUCUUAUAUCAAUAGAAGAUCCACAGACACCUGGAAAUGACAUUGGGAAGAGCUCGUUUAACUAUUUCCAGAUAAGAUCAGCGUUCAUGAUGGCUUAUGCAACGCUUACAAAUACGAAGACCAUCAUGAACUUGGGCCCUAACAGGAGUAUUCUUGGAACUAUCAUAAGACCAGACUCCGUUUUGCUAGAGCGAAAAGGAGGGUCUAAUGGAGAGAUGACUUUUAAUAGUUUGCUUCCAGGAGCUGGUGAAGUAUUGGAUUCACUGUAUGAUGAGAAGCAGGAUAUCUUAUGUAAUUGGCGAUUUGACAAUGAUUAUGAAGAGGAACCACUGCCUCGUGGUGGCUUUGUGGAGAACGGUGGUGCCUCUUCCUCAGGUAAGAAGAGAAAGGCUUCAAAGACAAAAUCCUCUGGGAAGCUAAAAGAGAACGGGAGCAUUGGAAAGAAUAAUUCUGAACAAAAUGGAUCCAGGAAAGAGAGGAAGAGAGAAAAGAAGUCCAAAAUCUUAUGAUGUUAAGAAGCGUAUCUCCAUGGAAAUGCAAACCGUAUUUAUUUUGGAUGUUCAUAGAGUUUGGACAGGUAUAUCGAGGAGGUUGAUUAUGCUGCCGCCAGGUUACCGCAUGGCCGCCUUCCUCAGUUUCUCUCCAGAGCGCUACUGGAUUUUUGAUCUCUUCUAGUAGCCAAUCUCAGCGGGCAGAUAUCACCCAGCCAAGAAUAUGGGAACGGUUCAUAGUCCAUUUGGUGAUUUUUGUUGUAAUUUUAGGUUAAUUUAUAUACGACGUAGAGGUGAUAGAGGGAGGACAAUUUUGAUAGAAAGUGUAUCAAAUAGCGAGUUGACACACACAGGCAAUGAAUGUAAAUUGAGAUGUUAAUUUAGAUGUCUGCAUAUUUAUUAUUUGCCCACAUUUAGAGUGGUUUGAAGAAAGAUUUUAAAGUAAAAAUGAUUUCAUA